AGCCAACCAAUUACACUGAAAAAACGAAUAUAUGUCCAAACUCAAUGCAGAGUUCAAUCUGAAAGCCAUGGCGUCUAUUUCUUCAGUGUAUUCGAUGUCUCUGCGUCCUCGUGAUGGCUCUUUCUCACCUUUCCAAGGAAUCGGUAAAUGCAAAAAGCAAAAGGCUUUCCGCUGCAAGAACUACUGCAAAAAACAAGAACAACCAGAAGAAGAAACACCAGUAUUUCGGGUGCUGGAGCUAGAGAAGACUCAAGCUAAAAGAAGGGAAGUUGUUUUGCAGUUGGCCUUCACAGCAUUUUCUUUUCCAGCCAUUGUUCCAAGCUCGUUGGCUGAAAAUGAUGUUCCAGGGGAUUUCCGUAGUUAUACUGAUGAUGCCAACAAAUUCAAGAUAUGGAUUCCUCAAGAUUGGCAAGUGGGGUUGGGCGAUAAUGGAUUCAAAUCAAUAACCGCUUUCUACCCAGCAGAAGAUUCAAGUUCAAACGUCAGCGUUGUAAUCACAGGACUUGGCCCGGAUUUUACAAGAAUGGAGUCUUUUGGCAAGGUUGAAGAAUUCGCAGAUACUCUGGUUAGUGGAUUGGACAGAAGCUGGCAAAGGCCUCCGGGUGUGAAAGCAGAACUCGUAGAUUGUAAAGCAUCUAAAGGGUUCUAUUACAUAGAGUAUACGCUGCAGAAUCCUGGAGAAAGUUGCAAACAUUUGUUUUCAGCCAUUGGGAUGGCUUCAAAUGGUUGGUACAACAGACUAUAUACUGUCACAGGACAGUUUGUCGAAGAAAACUCGGAGAAAUACAGUUCCAAGAUUGAAAAGGCAGUUGCUUCUUUCAGGUUCAUAUGAAACAACAGGAACAAUUACAAAACUGCGGCAGCAAAGUUUUGGUUUGCCAGUUUUAUGUUUAAAUAGUGCUAUUUGACCCUUUUGCUCUGCCUGUUAACAUUAUUGCAUGGACAAUGAAAAUUCGAGUGUUCAUAUAUGAAUUAGUAUCUGGCCGGAGUACAUUGAUAUUUUCUUAUGCUCGGUGAAGUAACUCCCAACUGGGUAUUGAAGUUUGAAGCCGUAUAAUUCGUAAGCAAUUGAACUUCAACAAGGAUGUACUUUCUGAGCAUGAAAUUAAAUUAUAUAGCUCUUGUUUCAUUUGUAACUUCACUUUAUUUGCAAUUUGAUUCAGGUUUAAUGAUUAGGGUAUGCAUAAGGUGUAGGGGUGAAUUCAAAUCAAACUCAAGCUGAAGCAAUUUCAGCUUGUUGAACUUGAACUCAGCUUGCAAUUGAUGCUAGCAUUUGAGCUCGCCUCAUUGACAAUUCUUUUUCUUUAUCUACGAUAAUUUUUCUUUUCCAACAA